CAGCGCGGCGUGGGUCAGGAAGGUGCCCCUCACAACUACGGUCGUUUCUGCUCCUACACCUGACUUGCAGCAGGUGCGAUUGGCUCCACGAAAUCUUAAUCCGGCUCGCUCUUUCCACUCUUUUUCAUCAUGAUCAUCCCCGUAACUAACGGGCGCCACUCCACCCGACUCACGUGCAAAGCCAUGACCAGCGUACACACAACAACACCAGAUGCCACGCAGCCAUAUUUCGCGCAUCCACGCCCCCCACUCCGCCCGUGCCGGGUUGCACGAGAUGCAGCAUCACCCAUUGAAGCUCCGCGCGGGUUUGGUAUGAAACUACGGUGGGGCAUCACUAAGACGGGCUUGUCUGGUACAGCGCAGUACUCGGAGCUUGGCCAUUGUGGGCAGGCGUCAGAAGGUCGGCGGCGUUAUGUCAUACCGCGUUGGCACCAGCGAGACCCGGUGCCACAUCCGAUGCUCUAACGGACAGGAACAGGACAGUCUGUUCUGGUUGGCAUCAUCAGUGUUGAGUGAUGCGUCAACGCUUGAUUACGGAUUCAAUGUUUGUUCACGUGCCUGGCGCGAAGCGGGUGGUGAGCAAUUUCCUCCGUGGCCCGGCCGGCAGCAGCACCCCGCUGAACUGGU